UGAGCCUGUUCAGUUGCUUCACGAACCAGCUCGGUUCUACGUGUACUUUGUUUUGAUAUUACAGUAAAAUCUAUAUUGCAUUGGACUCUAUUCGACUCAAGUGUUUUACUGAAGAAGAAUCUGAAGCUGAAGGUUGUUCUCCCAAACACUCUACGUACUUUACUCAACGUGGAUAACUGGACUAAAAUGAAGAAACUGAUGCAAUAUCUGCACAGUAGUGGGUUAUAUAAGAAAAUAUAAAAUGACUAUCUAAAGGGAAUUAAUUACAGACACUAGAGGCAGUCUUCCGAAUCCAAAGAAGAAGACUGACAGUACGCAGAAGCCGGUAUACUUCUACUUCCGGGUUAGUGGAUGUAAACAGAAGGACGUUACGCCUCUGGAGACAGCAGUGGAAAACAUGACCAAACUGGAGCUGUUGAACGUGUUUCUGAACGACAGGCUGACAGCGGCCGCCGAAGAGAUUUUCCGCGCCGUCAAAGACACGGUGUUGGAGUAUCAGAGCGAAAUCCUGCGUUCCAAAGAGGAGAACGAGCGGCUCAAACGGCUCCUCAAUGUAGCCGUCCAACGGCUCCUACUGCAGCCAGACCCUCACACUGUCCAGCCCCUAGAAGAUGGUCAGCCCUGUGAGUCUGAGUGGAGAAACAGUGUGGAGCUGCUGCCACAAAUUAAAGAAGAACCAAAACUCAGAAACAUUCAAACAGAUUGCUCACAAGAAGCAAGAGACUCAGAGGAAGGAAACUGUAGUCAUAUUGAGACACUACAGAGGUCACAUCCUCCACCAGCCCAGACUGUGUGUAGCAGACAAAGUGUCUCCCCACCUUCUCUAACAUCCCAGGAGAUUAAGGCAGAGAGUGACAGGGAGGACAGCAGGAAACAGCAGCCGGCCAACAACUCACCAUCCUGCAUGACUGUUCAUUCAAACUGCAGAGCGGCUCAGAGCGAUUCUUGCGCCAGCACUACCAAGAGUCACAGGAAUCACAAAACAGACCAGCAGGUGAAAGGGUUACUUCGCUCAAAUGGAAAACAGAGCGCACACAUACUUCAGAUCAAGAACGUGAGAUCCCUGAAGCUGCCUCCGCCUCGCUCCUCUCACCCGAGCCAGAGCAUCCAGAGGUGGCACAGCUGUAAAGAGUGUGGGAAGGGCUUCAGCUUUGCCUGCCAGCUGGAGGUCCACAUGCGCUGGCACACCAAGGAGAAGCCGUACAGCUGUGCGGUGUGCCGAAAGAGCUUCACCACGGUCAGCAUGCUGAAGAGGCACCACCGCAUCCACACAGGGGAAAAGCCCUUCCGCUGCCAUGUCUGCGGGAAAUGCUUCAACCAGUCAGCGCACCUCAACACCCACUUCAGGCUCCACACCAGAGAGAGGGCCAGCUGGAGCAGAGCACCAUACUCCAAGUGAACAAAGACUCGCAACAGGAACCUAACCUGACUAUCUGUAAGCUUUGAAAUGCUUUAACUGGCCAAAUUUCAGGCUCAGUGUACAAUAAUGAUGUUUGACUGUGUGUCUUGUCUGUUGUGCAAUAAAGUGUGGUACAUGAAGA